GCCACCAACAGCCCAGCGCCUUCGAGCCCGACUCACUCACAUUCGAUCUCCUGUAUUGAGUAUGUUCACAUCGAAAUGCUAGGCACUGCCCAAUUCCGAAUUUCGUGGUUCAAUUCCGAAUUCACGCUCGAUUCCGAAUUCUAGAUUUUGCACUCUCCGACUUGACUUGUCCUCCGAAGGUUUACGAAUGGCUACCCUCCUUCUUGGACAGCUCUUGGGAAUAUUGAAUGAUCUCCGGACGCUCCCGGCGGCAAAGCGUAAAGUCUGUGAGAGAUUGUCUGGCUACGGUAAUGAUCAUCAUGUGUACGUGACUCAGGUGAUUGACUUUGACGUCGACCGAGCGUAAUUACGCUCCCUUGUGGCUGCUUACGCCAAAUGACCCUGGAUAUCCCGAUCCCACCAUCCCUUCUCCUUGAAAAGCGCAGCUCUCCGACUCGCGUUUCGGUUCUAGACGGGUUGCAUCGUGGGUUGAAACAUUGAGUUCGGAUCUGGAAUGUCUGGGAACAAAGAAGUGAACGCCCUGCUGCAGGCGACGAUUCUUACUGUUGACUAGGCCAAAGGAGCGACGGCAAAUCCGGCGGCCUCGGUCGCAGCCUCGGUAACAUGGUGGACUGUGUCAGUAUUCCUUCACUAAACGCCUUCAAUCCGCCUCCCCGAGUUGAGCUUCGGUACUGUGAUAAAUCUUACUCGAGGCAUUGGACCUAACUUCCGUGUGUUAUGUUAUAUUUCAUUCUAGGUUCUGUCUCUUGACCAGCUUACUCUAUUGACGCUCGCCGCAAAUAUGCCUCGGAGGUUGCCAAGCGGAUCCCGACACAUGACAUUCGUGUGGAAAGAACCUCAGCUACACCCCUGAACAACACCAGGCAAAUCUGCCUCGAGCUGGUCCCGUCGUUUUCCGCUGUACACCUAGCUUUGACCAGAUGUUGCACUGUGGCGAGUCGACUUCGCGGGAGCCUCCGCAGUUCUCUCUCCGAGUCAAUGGAAUAGAAAGGUAUAAAGGCAGCACUUCGUCGACUACUAAGCUCCAGCUCCUGCUACCUCCACUCCUACACCACCAGAAAACCGCUC